CGGUGAGUGAGGUUGUCAAUGUCUCUCCAAGGGAUUUUUUUCUGUGAUCUUUAAUUCAUCUUGGUGAAAUUUUCCCUCAUCUCUUGGCUUAAACUCGUAAGACACUUUGGAUUCCUCCGGGUGAACGGGGAUCUAAGACCUCUAGCCAUCACGGUAAGACAUCCAGGUGACAGACGAAUAUUUCAUACGUAUAUCUCGACCAUCUGCAGACCACGUGUAAGUCAGCUGAUUAGGUCAACAAAGAGUCAACACUAUUCAAAAAUGAGGUGGGGUCAGAUGUGGGCAUGACGGAGCUGGGGUACGCCACUUUACCCCGCGGCCCUCGCCUGCCCAUCAUCCAUAAUGGCUUUCACAACCACAAUGGUCACCUGCCCAAUGGUCACCUCCCCAACAGUACCACCACUCCCACCAGCCAAGGUCUUCCCCAGGUCCCCACGCUCGCGGUUAACGGAGGAUUGAUCAAUGGCUGUGUCAGGAACAAUGGGAGUCCAGGUGGACGAGCUGUUCACGAUGGAUUUGCCACGAUACGGUCUGGAGGUGGCAAGAGGGGUCGUGCCCGCAGUACUCCUUCGGUGACAAGUGAAACUCGAACAACUGCCUGCCACCAUGGCUGUUGCAAUACAGGAGGACGUGCCUGGGCCAUGGAGCCACUCUGGGAGGAGAGAGGCAUAGCAGAGACACCAGGGGCAGUGCCAAUAACCAGAAGAGAUCGUUCACAGCUGCCGUGGUGGGAGGUGGCAACAAGACGAUCAAAAUAUCGCUCUUGUCCCGCAUUUUCUCAGGCCAGUAUGGUGAGUGCCCUGGAGCAGACGAUGAGCAGCGUGACUGACAAAUUAGAACGUCUUGCUUCUUCUCCAGAUCUUAAGGAGACAGAAGCUGCAGAGUUGAGAAAAACAGCUGCAGUCUUGCGUCAACAAAGUUCUGCUGUGUGUCAGUCCGUCAACUCAGGAUACUUCGGCAUGGAGCGCCAGUUAUCGUGCGACAGUGUGUCGAGCGUCACCUCUACAGUCAGUGGAGCUUCCCUGUCAUCUUACGCCUCGCUAGGGUCCCGGUCGCUUAGUGCCACACACACGCCACACUACAACCCCCAUAACCUUAGUCACACACAGUCGGAUAGCCUUAACCCCCCCAACCAAGCUAAGCUUAAAAAGAGAAGCUGGCUGAGGAGUUCCUUCCGAAGAGCGUUUGGGAGACACGGGAGGAAACGAAGUAAACAGACGGGAGAAGGAAAUCCCGAUGAAAUUCCACAAGAGUUACCACUGCACCACACUGUCAAUGCUGCUGUGAGACACUUGCCUCCACCGCCUCCAUCAUCACAGUCCGUGUUGGUACAGCAGCAACAGCGCAACCAAAUACUGGGAACAUUACAGAGGAAACAAUCACUUCUGAAGCAACAAAAGCAACAGGGUGCUUUGAAGGAGAGUGAACUACUGGCCCAACUGAGGCAAGAGGCUACGGAAAAAGAGCGAGUUUUGACAGAUUGCCGGCUGGAGGUCCUGUCUGCCCAGCACCAGUUGCAGGCCCAGGCUGACACAAUUGCAAGACUCCAAGCAGAGGUGACUGGUUUGAGGGAGGAGAAUGGGCGGUUGGUGUCUCUGGUUCGGGGACAGUGUGGAGCUGCGGCUGACUCUCUCCUAACCCCACUGACGAACACAUUCACAUCUCUUACCCUUUCUCAUGCCAGUGUUAAUGGAGGUAACACAUCACCCCGAGAAGAAGGCCGUCGUGUAAAAGUGGUCGUGGUGAAUCAGCCCGACUUGACAUCGAUUCAUAAUGCUGCUGCUGUUGCCCUCGAUCCCAACAACUCUACUCACAUUGGCAACAUUAAUGUGGAGUCUAAGACAACUUGGGAAGAACUUGACACAUUGAUGAGCAACUCACUAAAGGAUUAUUGGAAUAGGGUGGAUCCAGUCUCUGCACUUGGAUUAGACCCCGACUCUGUUCUCUGUUAUCGAGUGGAAGAUGUGGUACGUUCUUCUGAUCUUCCCCGCCCUGAGCUAUUGCCUUAUGGGUAUUGUGUUGGUGAUGUUGAUGCCCUCCAUGUGUGGCUCAAGGGCGGACAUCAUAAGAAGGAUGGAGAGACUAUUGGCAGUGUAUCAGCUGCCUCCUUCACUAGUGUUACACCAGCUACCUCUCUCAAGCGCCUGGCUAGUCUCUUGGUAGAGCACCGCCGCCUGGUUCUUGCUGGACCUCCGGCGGCAGGGAAGACGUCACUAGCUCGCACCCUGGCACAGUUCUUUGUUGUGAAUUCGGGUCGAGAAUUGAGUGAAGAUGCCAUCAAAAUAUUCAAAGUCAAUGGUACAAACACCCUGGAACUGUGUCAGCUGCUGUCAAGCAUGUGGCCACGUGGCCUUACUUCUGGUCGUUCAGCUUCCUCUCUUUCCUCUGCCUCUACCUGUAACAGUGUCUCGGCCUCUUCCAUCACCACAGACAACAUCCAGAACCUGCCUGCUGUUAUUAUUCUCGAUGAUCUUCAUACAGCUGGUGGUGUGGUAGAGACCCUGCAGCGUUGUCUCCCAGUCACUGUCCACACUGGCCCAGCCAUCAUUGCGACCUGCUGCCCCACGGCGGCUCUCUCCACGCGUCUGCACAUUCAUUGCAACUUUAGAUGGGCUUCACUUAGCACCCAACAGGAACCAGUGAGAGGUUUAUUGGGUCGAGUGCUACGCCACAGGGUUGUUGCUGCUGAGGUAGCCGCUAAUACUAGACUCCCAGACGCCCACCACCUCGCUGAAUGGUUAACCCGUCUAUGGCUUCACCUCAACACUGUGCUGUCUGGUCACUGUGGAUCACAUGAGGUUGGCAUUGGCCCAGGUUUACUGAUGGAUUGCCCCCUUGGACAAGAAGAAACUCAGGCAUGGUUCACCGAGGUUUGGAACACCCGGCUGGUUCCUUGCAUCAAAACAACCGUCCGGGCAUCAGCAUCUACAAAUUCUGGCAUGCUGGACACCUGGACUGACCCUCUAGAUUGGGUUCUUGCAACAUAUCCCUGGCCUAACAAUGCUGCAUGUGGUUCAGAUCAACUUACAAGAAUCCCAGCUUCAGACAUGAGUCAACAGGACACUACUGGUGUACCAUCCAGUAGGACCAUGUCUCCAAGACGCCAUUAUGUUCCACUCUCAGCCCGUCAACAGAAUCAGAAAUUUGAGUCUGUGUAUGCUGUACCUCAGUUACUGCCUCAAGUGCCUGUAAUUAUUGGAGGAGGAACACAAGGAACAGGCCAGACCGUGUCAAUUUCUCAAAGAAAUAAUAAGACCUGCAACAGUAACCAGAUUAUGUCAUCCCAUAUUAAUGAUAUUCUAAACAAGACAGAAGAUAUACAGACAAUCUACAGCAACAUUGGUAGUGAGAGUUAUGUAAUGGCAACUGUGCGAAGAGGAAGUGACAGCAGUGCCUGUAUGAACCAGGUCAGAUCACUAGCAAGUUUAAUUAGUAAUGGUGGUAGUGGAGGUGAAAUCACAGUCACACCUGGUCCAGAUAAUAACCGUAAAUUUUCAACAUGUACAGUAGGGAGGACCAAUAGUAAUAACAUCAAUCAAACAGGAUUUAUUAAGCCUCAGAAUAAAUUAGCAUCCCCAAGAGAAAAUGAAUGCAAUGCCAAAAACAUGAAUGAAGAUGAAGGACUGUUAUCCAGUGAAGAUGAGUCAAUGGAAAGUGAUAACAUCAUGAUGGAGCAAGUUCAUAACGAAAAGACAUUUAGAGUGCAAAAUCAAAAUGAUUGUAUUAGUACUGAGGCAGACACAAGCCCAGUAGAAUAUAUUUCUCAAGUCAGUAAUGACAAGGACAAAGUUGCUAUGGAGACUGAACCUCUCCUUAACAGAAAACCUCAGUCUCUUGAUGUUCUUGCUAAAAAUGCCAUAAAUGCUAUUGGUUUUGGUCCUGAGUGUGUGAGGAUUAUUCGUGCUGUGGGGCCAAAACAAGACCUGAAAGGCAUGGCACAAGAGUUAACAACCACUUUUAAGCCUGUUUAAUCUUCCAUAAGCCAAUAAGGUCAGUUUUAUUGGCUCACAACUUGUAUUUUAAAAGAUUUUCAUACCUCGUGGUUGCUAUGGAGAUCUUAUCAGUCACAAAUUAAGAGAUCUGAGUAUCGUAAUGUAGGUCUGACUCGGGAGAAACAUUACUUUUUUAUUUUUUUGAAAGGAUAUUUCUUCCUCCAAACUUUACUUAUUUUACCAUUUGCUAAUCAUUUUCAUUUUAUACCUAAUAUGAAGUAUAUAUACAAUGGUCAUUAACCACUAAAUAGCAGCUAAGGAGUCCCUCUCCCCCCUCACAUAAAUGGAAUGCAAGGAACAUGAAAUGUCCACUGAUGGUGGCUGCUGUUUAAAGAUUAAUCAAGACUUACAGCAAUAAUUUUAGCACCAUUUCUUUCAAAGUAUCAUUUUGCUUUACAUUAUAUUCAUAAGGAAAGAGUUAAUUAGUGAUGUAUUUAAUGGACAUCACCAUACCAGUAACUUUUUAAAACCAAUUCAGUGUUUUGCGUUAUGUUAGUGUUACUUCUGAAAUUUCAUUAAAUCUAAAUGGUCAGAACAAUGUAGUGUAAACUAGAAGCUUGCCCGAGUCCAUAAUAGUAGUGGAUAUAAAUAAAGAGUUAAGGUAUUACAAUUCACUAUGUGUUAGACCUGGUGGUGAUUCCCCUACCAAAGUAAUGAAAAGCUGGCUUUUGUCUUUUAAAACUGGGUCCUCUUUUUCAUAAUUUUAUUAUGAAUUUAUGUAGAACCUAGUUCAUGAUUUUACAAUUUAAUUAGUCAUUUUAAGUCAGUCAUUAUAUUGACACCCUAGUUUAUUAUAUAAACAUGGUACUUUACCAAGGUUAUAAUAACUCCACAUAAAACUACAAACUCAUUUUAUGUAGAUUCAUGAUGCCUUGCCAUGUAAUUAAGACAUUAACCUUGAAGACUCAGACAUGUAGGUAAAAUUGCAGACAAUGAAUUUGCAAUAUUCUUUUGAUUUUUGACUGAUAUUCUCUGAACCUUGACUCUAUUCACCAUUAUUAAUUGUAGACAUGUAAUUUAUACACAAGAUAUUUUGUCGGGCCAAAUUUCUAUAAUUUUUUUUUAUUUCCUGUACAUAGUGUAGAUAACAAUGACCUACAACAUACUGGUACUUAUAAUAACAUAUAAUGUUUGCAUGUACACAAGUAGUGUCAUGUAAGGAAAAUUUCAAAUUAAGCCAUUUUUGUACAUGUUUACAAAGGGACCCUUUAGUUUACCUGUCUCCCAGCCAAACCAAACCAAGGGGCAUCCCUGCUCCUCUGACUCAGAAUAGUUUGUACUCAGUCCCCUCUAUACGAUCAUGGCAACAUAAACUCAUCUAUCCACUGCUUAGGGUAAGUGGAACUACAUUACUGUAUUUUUGGUGUUUCUCAAAUCAUUAUUUAUUGUUUGCCGUAAGAUUCAGACAAUCGGCUUUUUCGGACAGGUGGUCUCCCCUAUUAGUCCGGAUCUUUGUGGGUUUACUGUGUUUAUAUUAUUAGCUAUAAUUUUUACUACACUAAAUAAUCAAGAUACUAGACAUGGAGUUGGGGGCAGAAACACAUCAUGAAGUGACUCAAGCCAAAGGGCGAAAUUUGUACAUCACAAAAGCUGAGAAGAGACUGGGAGGCUCUCAUGUGUGUGAAAAAUAAAUACCUAUUUUGGCAACAUAAUCUAGCCAGGCCUGCCAUUUUUAUUCAGAUAGGCCUGCAAAAGAUCAAAAUGUCAUAUUACAUGAUCUGCGUUAAAAUAAAAUUGAAGCUCCCUCAUAGCUGCAGGAUUUAUGUUAAACAAAAGUUUUGUAUAAAGUUAAAUAGUACUGAGCAUUGCUCAUCUUUGAAACAAUCAUAAAUAGUUUGUAGUUAGACAAUUAAACAAAACAGAUAUUUAUUGUAUAUAAGAUUUCUUGCCAUUUACUCAAUUUAAACCAGCUGAGACUAAGUCAAUUGCAUACUCAUACACCAAAGAUUUGGACUUGUAAAACUAUUUUUAGACCUUUGUACACACCCAUUAUAUUCCAAUUAUUGAAUUUGUUAUAAUAUUGCAACAUUAAUUGGUUACCUAUGCAAAUAAAUCACCGCAGGUGCAUAUGAUCCAUGUAUGAGCUGAUAACUAAAUAGGUAACAAGAAAACAUAAAAGCGCUUGGGAAUUUUGUGUUUUCUUGGUUCCUAUGUGGUUAUCAGGAAUUCAGCAUAUACAUGGUUACCUAUGUAUAGUAAUUAACUUUUAGGAAAGAAAUCUGAUUACCUUUUCAGGCAAAAUUAAAAUAGCCCAAAUAAAUUGUGUUUUGCGAUAUGAUGAAGAUGAAAAUCCCACGAAAAUUCUCAGGUUUAUUAUGGAUUGAUCAAAAGGGAAAAUAAACUAAACAUGUACAAUGUUUAAAAAAAUUGUAUAAAUAUAAAAAACAUUUGUUAUUUAAAUAACUGUUUAUCACCAUACAUAUCCAAAGAAUAUUUUGUAAUAAAAUCAAAGUGUAAAA